GGUUAAUAUUCCGUUAGCGUUAGGGCUCGAGAUUAUCCAUACAUCAUCCUCUACAAAUCAUCCAUCGCAGAGAAGAAAUUCAACCGGAGAUCUGUUCAUAUUAUCAUCAAAUUCACAUCAGAUUUGCAUCAAUUUUUAAUAGAUCUGUAUCAGAUCAUGGAGAUGGAGCGUGUGACGGAGUUUCCGAUGAGUAACGUUGAUAUCGGACCGAGAAAACGGCAGCGUAUUGGCUGGGAUGUUGUUCAUCCGGCUGCGAAGGCUCAGCUAGGAUUGUUUUAUGGACAAGAUGUUGGAAAUGUGACAAGCUUUGCACCCUCGCGGGCACCCCAAGACCAUAAUAGUACAACAUCUCAUCUUAAGCGUGUGGCUCAUGAUGGUUCUCCACCAUGGCGUGAAGAUGAUAAAGAUGGGCAUUAUAUGUUUGCACUGGGAGAUAAUUUAACUUCUCGCUAUAAGAUUCAUGGGAAAAUGGGAGAAGGUACAUUCGGUCAAGUAUUGGAAUGCUGGGAUAAAGAAAGGAAGGAAAUGGUGGCCAUUAAAAUCGUUCGUGGUAUAAAGAAAUAUCGUGAGGCAGCGAUGAUCGAGAUUGAUGUGCUCCAACAACUUGGUAAACAUGAUAAAGGCGGCAAUCGUUGUGUACAAUUAAGGAACUGGUUUGACUAUCGUAACCAUAUCUGUAUUGUUUUUGAGAAGCUUGGACCAAGUUUAUAUGAUUUUCUACGCAAAAACAAUUAUCGAUCAUUUCCUAUAGACCUAGUUCGAGAGAUUGGAAGACAACUCUUGGAAUGUAUAGCAUUCAUGCAUGAUCUGCGCUUGAUACACACUGACCUGAAGCCUGAGAACAUUCUUCUAGUGUCCCCAGAAUAUAUCAAAGUGCCUGAUUACAAGGGUUCAUCUAGGUCACCCAAGGAUAGUUCAUACUCCAAAAGAAUACCAAAAUGCAGUGCUAUCAAAGUGAUUGAUUUUGGUAGCACCACGUAUGAUCGUCCAGACCAGAGCUACAUAGUGUCAACACGCCAUUAUCGGGCACCAGAAGUUAUAUUAGGAUUGGGAUGGAGUUACCCUUGUGAUAUAUGGAGUGUGGGUUGUAUCCUUGUAGAGCUAUGCUCGGGUGAAGCUUUGUUCCAAACACACGAGAAUCUCGAACAUCUUGCUAUGAUGGAAAGGGUCCUUGGCUUUUUACCUCAGCACAUGUUGAGGAAAGCAGAUCGGCAUGCAGACAAGUACAUUAGAAAAGGUAGGCUGGACUGGCCUGAAGGUGCUACCUCUCGAGAAAGUAUCAAAGCCGUUCAAAAACUACCUCGACUUCAGAACUUAAUCAUGCAGCAUGUAGACCAUUCGGCUGGGGACCUAAUUCAUCUCUUACAGGGGCUUUUAAGAUACGAUCCUUUAGAUAGGUUAACAGCAAGAGAAGCUUUAAGACAUCCGUUCUUCAGUAGAGACCACUUUAAGCGUUACUAGUUGAUUAUUUGGGAUGGACUAGCCUAAAUUUUCGGUUAGUAUGGUUUGAAGGGGCGAAUGCAAAAUCAGAUCGUUUAUUGUGAGUUGUCAAGUCUUGUACAUGUAACAUGUUUUAGUGUAGCAGAAUAUAUUAUUGACCGCAAUGUGCAAUGGUGCACUAGUUUACCCAAAAUGGCUAUUUUUUCUGUUUGUGCUACAUUUUGUGUUUGGGUAUUCCCGAAUAUUAUCUAAAUGUCACCCAACAAAUACCCGAA